AUGUUUUGUUAUAAAUUAUUUGUUAAAAAUUCAUUUGUAAAUUCGCCUAAAUUGAAAGAUAAAACGGUUAAAUUAAUAAGUUAUAAACACAUCGGUGGUAACACGCCAUUAAUAUAUAAAACCGUUGGAGAUGUUUUGGAUAAAACGGCUGAAAAAUAUGGGGAUAGAACGGCCAUAGUUUCAUGUUAUCAAAAUAAAAGAAUCACUUAUCAAGAAGUUAAAGAACAGGCUGAAGCAUUUGCAUGUGGUCUUUUAGAAACAGGUGUCGUACCUGGUGACAGAGUUGGAAUUUGGUCUCAAAAUUCAGCCGAAUGGUAUAUAAUUUCAUUUGCGUGUGCAAAAGCUGGAUUUAUAUCGGUAUAUUUAAAUCCGGCAUACAGAUCCGAAGAAUUAAAACAUUGUUUGAGAGCUGUCGGUGUUAAAGUUUUAAUCGCUGCGGAUUCAUUUAAAAAUUUAAAUUAUUUUGAUAUUUUACGUAAAAUUGAUUCCAAUUUUUUAAACGGAGAAGCUGGACAAUUAAAAAGUGACGUUUUACCCGAAUUAAAAUCCAUCGUUAAUAUAUCGGAUUCGAGUAUCUCGUCUUUUUAUUCAUUUAACGAUAUCGUAAAAAAAUGCACGGGAAAUGCAAAGGAUGAAUUAAGGAAAAUAUCAAAAUCAUUGGGACCCGAAGAACCUGUCAAUAUACAAUUCACAUCGGGUACGACAGGUUCACCCAAAGGAGCUGUCCUUUCUCAUUUUAACAUCGUUAAUAAUUCUUAUUGUAUAUCGAGGAGACAAGAAUUUCAUGAAAAACAUCACAUCGUUUGUUUUAUGGGUCCUUUAUUUCACGCAUUGGGUAGUGUCGUUGCCAUGUUGGGUUGCGUUCACGAAGGAUUAACAUUAGUCAUACCUACAACUGCAUUUAGUCCCACGAAAGCCGUAGAAGCAAUCGUACAAGAAAAAUGUACUGUUUUAGUAGGAACGCCAACGAUGUUUAUAGACGUGGUGAAAAUAGUAAAACAAAAAGAAUUAAAAAUAGAUACGGUUGAAUUAGCCAUAUCCGGUGGAGCAUAUACGUCAACGGUUCUUUUUUCGGAUAUGAUAGAAUAUUUUAAAGUUAAAAGAGUUUCGUCUGUUUACGGUUUAACCGAAACGGGACCUGUAUCGUUUAUGUCACAAGUAAACGACGAUAGAGAAAAACAAUUAACGACCGUCGGAUGUUUAAUGGAACACGUCGAAGCUAAAGUUGUCGAUGACAAUGGUAAAACGUUGCCCUGGAACACUCCUGGAGAAUUAUGGGUAAGAGGAUAUAACAUUAUGAAAGGAUACUGGAGUUUAAAAGAAAAAACUAAGGAAACGAUAACGCCCGAAAGAUGGUUGAAAACAGGUGAUCAAUUUGUUUUAUUGGAAAACGGUUAUGGUAAAAUUGUGGGUAGGAAAAAAGAUUUGAUAAUUCGUGGGGGUGAAAAUAUAUAUCCGGCCGAUAUUGAAGAAUUUUUAAGCACUCAUCCGGAUAUAUUAGAAGCACAGGUCGUCGGUCUUCCCGAUCCAAGGCUAGGAGAACAAGUUUGUGCUUGUAUAAGACUUAAACCGAAUUCAUUUUUGACAGAGGAAGAAGUUAAAGAAUUUUGUAAGGGAAAGAUAGCCGAUUUUAAAAUUCCUUAUUACGUUUGGUUCGUCGAUAAAUUUCCAAUAACACCUUCAGCAAAAGUUCAAAAGUACAAAUUACAACAGGAUGCUAUAAAACAUUUUAAAUUGGAAUCUAAUUAA